AUGGUUCCUAGAAAUCUCUUUCGCAGAAAGAUGGAAAAUGUCGAGACUGUAAACAAGAGUGGCGAGGAGAAAACGGUUUUACUCCGCAGCAACUCUUCUCCAUCAACACAGACGAUUUUAAAAGAUCCAGAAAGGACUGGGGAGAGUGACGGGCUCAUGAAAUCAACAUCACAGGUCGAUGAAAACUCAUUAACAAAUCAAAGCAAUCAAAAUUCGUAUAAAUUUAACACUUUGAAAGAAAGUAAACACAUUUUGGCUUCCUUCGAAAAUGAAGAUUUCGAAGCCAAAUUGUACCACGUCGAAAGAAGUUUUCUAUUCGAACAAAACAACAUUAUUGAAAAAUUCGAACGGGAAAAACGGGAGAUAAUGGAAGACUCCAAAGAGGAAAGGUUGCGCAUGAAAAGAGCUUAUGAAAACGAGAAAACAGAGUUAUUGAAAGAGAUAGAACGGCGCGACAAAAUGUUGGUUGAACUUUCAAAAGUUUUGAAAGAAGAAAGUGAAAAGAAAUUAAGUAAACAGCGAGAAGAAAUUUUAAACUCAUUCAAAGAUAAAAUAGAAUUGUUUACAUUGAUAGAAUCAAAAAUGAAGAUUUUUGUUGAUAAUUUACACAAAGUAAUGGAAAACAACGAAAUCGCUUCUCAAAACUGGCACGAAUAUAAUCAACUGCGCAAAGAAUUCGAUACAUUCUCGUCCAUAGAUUUACGAAACUAUGGAAACGUUUGCAGCUUGUUACUGGAUAAAACGGAAGAAAAUAACAGUCAAUGUACAUGUGGAAAGCAAACAGAGUCUACCACAUCUGGUACGUUUGACGAAACGUCGAUACAACAUGAGCUCGCCCAGGCGUAUCGAAAACAAAAAACUGAACUGCUGAAAUUAUUUAACUCCGAAAAGGAGGAAUACGAUAAAAAAUUAUCAGAAGAAAAACAUUGUUUUGAGAAGGAUGUGCGACUGGAGUAUGAGACAAGAAUGAGUGUUGAAAGGAAAGCUUGGCAAGAAACCAUUGAAGAUUACGAACGGGAAAUCUCCAUUUUGAAAUUUGAACGGCAACAAAUGGACCGCAAUUACUGUCUCGGAAUGGAUGAAUUGAAAACAGAAUUCGAACGAGAAAAACGCAUGUUACACAGAAGUUAUAGUGAAACACAUGCAGAAAUUAAAAAAUCUUUGGAGUUAAAAAGUAAAGCGUUAGAUCUGUAG